AUGCCCACGGGCCUCACGGCUGCUCCAUCCAACCCGCAACUCCGCUUCCCCCACCCGGGAUUCGAACCCGCGACUCCCAGCGAAGGCGACUCCUGGCAGGAUCUCCCCCCUCCGCCGCCGCCAACCCCUCCAGAAGCCUCGCGCAGGACGGCCGCCGUUCCAGGCCCGCGACCCCCUCCCUCCGCCACCAGCCUCAGUAGCCGCCGCAGCGAACGGCGAAGUUCUCCGCUCGGCGCUUGGAACGCCCAGGGCCUCCGGAGCCCGCCUCCCCCGGUGCGCUCGCUGAUUGGCCGCGGCGCGCCGUCGCUCAAGCGGAGAGGUUCUUCCAGGGAUCAUCUAGAAGCAGCUGGUCACGAGUGUAUCAUCCGGGAUACUUCAGACUACGAGUCCCCACUAGCGAUUGCGGAUCUCGUCUCUUCUGAGAACUUCGAGGCUGCUUUUGGUAUCCAUGUUUGUAAAGCUGGCAGACUUCUGCAAGGGAGCAGAGUCCCUUUUGGCAUCAUCUUUGGCGGGACAGAUAUCAACGAGGACGCCAAGUGUGGCGAGAAGUCCCGGGCGAUGGGGGCCAUCUUGGAUGAAGCCAGGUUUGCUGUCUCUUUCACGGAGGCCAUGAAGGAAACAGCCGCCGCAUACUGGCCUCACAUCAGGAGCAAAAUACAUGUCCAAAGUCAAGGGAUUGUGACUGUCCACAACGCGUCUUUUAACUGGAAGAAAUUUCUGCAGAGUGCAGAGAUUCUCCAUGACAACGACCACCUGUACCUCUUUCUUUUGAUAUGCGGCCUGAGAAGAGUCAAAGAUCCACUGUAUUUGGUGGAUGCUUUUUCAGAUUGGCACAGAAAGGAAAGCUCCGUACAUCUGAUUAUCAUCGGACCUGCAGUCGAUCCGGAGUUUGCAGAGGAAGUGAAGGAGAAAGUUCAAAGGGCGGAUGGAGUGCAUUUGCUACCGGCGAUACCUCAGGAAGAUCUCCACACCGUUACGGAAAACUGCUUUGCCGUGGUGAACAGCUCCAUCUCGGAGGGGAUGUCGGCCGCGAUCUUAGAGGCAAUGGAUCUAAAAGUUCCAGUACUGGCGAGAAAUAUCCCCGGGAACGCUGCAAUAAUCACACACAAAACUACAGGAUUGUUAUAUUCAAGCCCUCAGGAGUUCGUUCAGCUGUCCCAGAGUCUGAUCAAGGACCCGGUUCUGCAGAGAGCGAUUGCGGCCAGGGCGAAGGAGUAUGUCACCCAGCACCAUUCAUGGGACGAGGAAAGGAAAACGUAUCAGAAUCUCGUGCUGAAACUUCAGUGAGUUGCUUAGCAUCAAAGACGGGCCUCGCGUGGACGGAUCCAACCAGCCUGCCAGAAGCUGGGCUCUUCUAAUUAUCAAUACUGCUUGACAAUCCUUUCCCCCCCCCUUACCACGUCAUCCGUUUGAGGCGUUUGCCACCCAGUGAAGUUGAAAUACACUGAGCUAUAUUUAUGUACUCACGGUCACACACAUGUCUGUGUCCAUUGUUUACAUAUAUUUCUACGCUGAUGUACUUGAAUAUAGAUAUGUCAGAAUUAUAAGUACUGAGAGAUUAAGGGCCAGUUCAAGACUUACACUUAUUGCACAGUUGUUUAGGGUCGAGGGGUUUUUAGGGCCUUCCGCAGUCCUAGUGGAAUGAAUAUCAUUCGGAAGGCAGAGGAGAGUUUGAGAUUUCCAUUAUCAAUAUUUGGCAAGUUGGUUUUAACCUACCCCUCUGUUCAGUUGUGCCCCCAACUUGCCGUCCAGCUCGAACGAGACAAAGAAGCAGUACCCACGUUGGCCCUGGGCAAAGGGAAGUCGGGUUGAUUCUCACUGCCGGCUUUCUUGAAGGCCCAACUCUACUGGUGUGCCAGUACUGCCUCUCUGAGGAGUCACGUGGCUGCCGUCCAUCCCAGUGGGGACGGUUGAAGUGAUGCAUUAUGGGAACUCAUUGUGG